CACAUAACGUUUUUCGAGUUGAUAAAAAGCAAAGCGCGGGGCAAGUCGGGGCCUUUGUUUCACUUCGGGGCUUUCGAUGAUGUUCGAGUUUUUUCGGACAUUCGAAAAGAAAAAGAAGACUCGCAUGCAGGAAAAGUGGUGGACAAAAAGUGGUUUGAAAGAAACAAACACAUCUUCCCCGCCUCCAGAUGGGAGGUCUUCAACCCGGCGAAGAUUUACGACACGUACACCAUAAAGGGCGACGAGCGAAUGUGGAAGGGCGUGGCGGACCACAGCAGCUUCGUGCCGCUGCCGUGA